AUGCAAAGCUAUCUGGAUGAACUCGUGGCGGAGAACCGACGGUUGAAAGAACAGUCCGCCUCGGCGUCGCACACCGAAGCAGAUCGCGACAACGCCGAGAACGGCCCGGCGCGCCCUGCAGACGCCACGGACGGGCCGGACGAGGGCAACACCAGCGUGCGCAAUCCGCUGAUCGGCGAUCGUGCCUGGUUCCAUCGCUACGAUCCCUCGACGCCGCCUAUCUACAUCGGUGAGGCGGCCUGUACGGCGUUCGCGACGCGGUUCCGUCGCUUCCUCACGGGGAACAAUGCCACCGCGCAUAUCCCGCGCACGCAGUACGUCAAGGACGACUGCAUCGCGGCGGCCAAUACGGCUGACGUGCAAUGGCCGAGUCUGCAGCAGGCGCGUCUCCUGGUGAAGAUUGCCAUGCGGCAGGUCUGCCAUAUCUAUCAUUUGGUCUUGCGCAAAUCGACGCUGGAGAAGCUGGAGGAAAUCUAUCGCACAGGAGAUUUUGAAUGCACGGUGAACAAGUGCAAGUUCUUUGCGCUCUUUGCUUUCGGGGAGGCAUACUCUAUGCGAGCUGAACCAUCAACGGGUUCUAGGGUUCCGGGGACGACGUACUUUGCUCGUGCUCUGAGUUUGGUGCAAUUGCCGCCAGAGCGGACGAAUAUCACGCAUCUCGAGACUUUGCUCUUAUUGUCAUUAUUCUCCUAUUAUCUCAAUCGACGGCAUUCGUCCCUUGUUCUGAUCGGCACAGCCAUGCGCCUUGGUCUGUCCAUCGGGAUGAACCACAACAUCCCGGAGACGCAGCUCAUCGACCCGGUGGAACGACAGCAUCGGCUGCGCAUCUGGUGGACCAUCUACGUCUUUGAUCGCAUGUGGGGAUCCAAAAUGGGACAGCCGUCGCAGAUCCUCGACGACGAUAUUCACCUAGACAUGCCGUCAAGUAUCACACCAGCCCAACUGCACGACGAACAGUUCUCGGAUACCGACCAUCUAACUGCUAACAUCAAGCUCGCGCGCAUUGUCGGCGAGACCAUCGCCAAACUGUACAGUCGCCGCAAAUACAGCGAGACCUUUCUCCAGCGAGUGCAAAAACUGCUCAAGGCAUUGAAGAACUGGGUGGAAACCCUACCAGAGCAUUUACGAUUGAACGAAGACGACCUCGAAGUCAACCGCAAACCGAUCAGCUCUUUACAUUUAUCCUUCAACCAAGUCAGAACAGAACCAUUCUUAACUCUCCUGGAAUUAUAUACUAACAGGCAACAGUGCGUUAUUCUAACCACUCGCCCAACCCUCCUCCAUCUCCUCAUCAACAACCGCACCACCGACAUCUCCCAACCGGUCCUCACACUCGGCGAAGCAUGCAUUCACGCUGCCCGCCACUCCUACUCCGUCAUCCUCACCAAAUGGAUCAACGGCUCCCUCCCCGUCUUCGGCUACUUCCACGCCCACUACCUUUUCUCGCUAGCUCUUGUCCUCGCCAUGGCCAGCUUUCUUCCCAUCGGCAGCCCGUCGGAUCUCGGGGCUUUCGAAACCAGCCUCGAGAUGCUCCGCUCUAUGAGCGAGAACGGUAACCUCGCGGCGGCGGAGUUUCAUAUGAAUCUCGUCCAGGUGAAGGAAUGUCUUGAUCAAUACCGUGACGCUCAUCCAUCCUCAAAUCCCUCCUCUUCCAACACGUCCCAUACCCAUUCUCAUCCCCACGUCCACCCCUCCACAAACUCUCCCCUCACCUCAACAAUCUCUCCCGUCGAAUCCACGCCAAUCCCCCUCGUCACACAACCAACCUCCAUCCCCAACAACAACACCAACAACAACUCCAUAAUGACCCCCGAAGACGAACCUCUCGGCCUAUCAAACUACGCUCUCCCGCCCGGCACCACGGCGGCACCGGCGGCCAGCGCACCAGCCAUCCCGGGCUUCACAACAGCCAUGGCGUUCAUGGAGCCGACGAUGCAGGACUUUUUGGCGCAGUCGGAUUUCGAUCUCGGGUUGUUGCACCCGGUGGAUACUUUUAUGAGUGAGGAGAGCUUUUAUACGAGUCAGGGGAUUUAG